CGUGAUGUAUGCGAUUUGUAGGAUUAAUCUAAAGAAGCCGUUGGAGAGGAUCCUCACCGAAACAGGGCAUCGUCAAAUACGCCCCUUCUAAUCCGACACAGGGUGGGCGUGUGAGCGAGCGAGUGAGCGCGAGGUAGACGAGCGUCGAGAAGAACGACAGAGAGAGGUCGAAGGUGAGGAAGAAAGACGGUUCUCGCACCUGCUCUCAAAUUCAGCCUUCGAUUCGAAGAGGAAUUCGUAGCCAGAGCAGGAGAUUGCGCGCCCGUUCGUGAGAUUUGUUGGAGCUAGGGUUUACUGGGCGGAAGGGAAGGCGCUUCCGGUCAUCUUUGAGCGUCGAUGAGAGCUAGAAGAUACGGGUGGGAUUUCGGCUUCGGACGCUGAAGAGACAACAUUUUGUCUCCGGAUGGAGGGUGGUGGAAGCUUAGCCGCUCUGCCUUUGGGCUUUGGUAAUGUUGGAUCAUGGGCAGUCCAACUCAUUAGUGAAGCUGGUGGUCAGGUGAUUGUUGUUAGUGAUGUCACUGGGGCAAUCAAGAACAGUAAAGGUCUGAACAUAAAAGAAUUGCUAAAACAUUCAUCAGAGAAUCAUGGAAUUAGAGGCUUCACUGGCGGAGAGCCCAUCGAUCCAGGUUCUUUGCUAAUUGAAGACUGUGAUGUUCUUAUCCCUGCAGCACUUGGUGGUGUGAUUAACAAGGAAAAUGCGAAUGACAUAAAGGCCAAAUUCAUUGUUGAGGCUGCAAAUCAUCCAACUGAUCCUGAAGCUGAUGAGAUCUUAUCAAAGAAAGGUGUCGUCAUUCUUCCAGAUAUAUAUGCGAACUCUGGCGGCGUUACUGUCAGUUAUUUUGAGUGGGUUCAGAUUUCAUGUGCAACCGACUGAUGGAUAUCAUGCUCUCUUUUCUCUAAAAAUACAGAAGAAUAUCCAAGGAUUCAUGUGGGAUGAAGAGAAGGUGAAUGCUGAACUGAGAACAUACAUUAUCAGAGCCUUCAACAAAUAUGAAGGAGAUGUGCAAGACCUACAACUGUGAUCUACGCAUGGGAGCUUUUAUAUAAAU